UGUGUUGGAACCUUUUCACGGCAGACGAAGAAUGGAGAGAGUCGCUAACGGCUGUUAGCGUGAAAACCUCAGCGGCAAGGAGAGCGCAGGAAAGCCUCACAUGAAUCUCCCCCAGCGCUCGGUUACAUUGGACCUGAGCGGAACACGGGCGGACCCCUGGUCGUGUGGAUUUACCCCCGUGAAGGUGUCUACCUUCCUUGUGUGACAGAUGUCGAGGCCUAGCAACUGAUCGAGCUGAGAGGGCGAGGUCGGGGAGGCCCGCGGGUUGACGGCUCCAGCUUCUGGCCCAUGAGAGCGACUGUGCCAUCCAGGUGCCACCAGUAACCAGGGCUGUGGCUGCUGCGGUGGGCACGGCCCAGGAGGCCUUUUUUCGUGCGUCACUCGAGGCUCCCGCCGACCAGUGCUGCGGCACGCCAUGGAUCAACAAAGAGAGAAAUAUGGCGAGCGGACGACUAGAAGCACCAAAGCUAACCAGGGAAACCGGAGCGGACACCGACCGUCCGGCUCCUCGAACACCUCCGGCGUUCUCAUGGUGGGACCUAAUUUUCGCGUGGGGAAGAAGAUCGGUUGUGGAAACUUUGGGGAACUGAAGCUCGGUAAAAAUCUCUACACAAAUGAGUAUGUAGCCAUUAAACUGGAACCAGUGAAGUCGAGGGCCCCACAGCUACAUUUGGAGUACCGGUUCUAUAAAAGUCUCGGGACCACAGCAGAGGGAGUACCGCAGGUGUUCUACUUCGGCCCCUGUGGGAAGUACAACGCCAUGGUUAUGGAGCUGCUAGGGCCGAGUCUAGAGGAUCUCUUUGACCUUUGCGACAGGACCUUUUCACUGAAGACUGUCUUGAUGAUUGCAAUUCAGCUGAUUUCUCGAAUGGAGUAUGUGCACUCUAAAAAUCUCAUCUACAGAGAUGUCAAGCCUGAAAACUUUCUCAUCGGAAGGCAAGGGAAUAAAAAGGAGCAUAUCAUCCACAUCAUUGACUUUGGCCUAGCCAAAGAGUACAUCGACCCCGAGACCAAAAAACACAUUCCAUACCGGGAGCAUAAGAGCCUGACUGGUACUGCCAGAUACAUGUCCAUUAACACACACUUAGGCAAAGAGCAAAGCAGACGAGAUGACCUGGAGGCUUUAGGGCACAUGUUCAUGUAUUUUCUGCGUGGGAGUUUACCUUGGCAAGGACUAAAGGCUGACACAUUGAAAGAAAGAUACCAGAAGAUUGGUGAUACAAAACGAAACACUCCUAUUGAAGUCCUCUGUGAGAAUUUUCCAGAGGAAAUGGCCACCUAUUUGCGGUAUGUAAGGCGGUUAGACUUCUUCGAAAAGCCUGACUACGAAUAUCUGAGGACUCUAUUUACUGAGCUGUUUGAGAGAAAAGGAUACACGUUUGACUAUACUUACGACUGGGUUGGGAGGCAGAUACCCACGCCGGUGGGAUCUGUCCAUAUAGACUCUGGUGCCUCUGCGGUAACAAGAGAGAGCCAUCCUCACAGAGACCGGCCCUCGCAGCACGCGCCGGUUCGAAAUCAGACGGCAGGCUCAGACCGACGAGGAGCAUGGGAGGUGCAGCCCACGCGGCAAGCAAACUCUUUCUAUUUGACCUCCCACCUGGCAGCGGACAGGCACGGGGGCUCAGUACAGGUGGUCAGCUCAACCAACGGCGAGCUGAACGCAGACGACCCUCUGGCUCAGUCCAACACCCCGAUUACACCUCAGGCAGAUGUGGAAGUGGUCGACGAGCCCAACUGCGUGAAAAUGCUCAACCUGUGGUGCUGCUGUUUCUUCAGGCGAAAACGGAAGAAGAACACGCCGCGGCACAAAUGAUGAGUCGGGGACCGGAAGCGAAUCGUUCCUCGUGUCCGCUUAAGAGUCGAUUGUGAUUUCAGAAACCUGGAUGGUCCCACUCAGAAUAAAAGAGGGAGUCAACUGAAAGAUUCUGAUUGAAUUGUUCUCGGCCAGGACCGCUUUGACGGGGGAAAAAAGAAAGUAAAACACACACAAAAAAAAAAAACAAACAAACCGUGGUUUGUGGAGAUGUACAGGAAACAUGUCUUACGAUGGGAGUUUUUUUAUUUCCCCCCCCCCCACUCCUCUUAAGUUAUGUGGGAUGUUUUACACGUCAGACGGUCCAAGAAUUGUUUUGGUUUUGUUUUUUUUCUCCAUGACAGCCAAAAAUGUUUUUCUCUCAUCAUUGUUGCCAUAUUUCUUUCUUUCUUUUUUUUUUUGCUAAAGUCUCGUGUGUUGUUGUUUUUUCUUUUUUUGAGAGAGAGAGAGAGAGAGGAAGAGACAGGAUCUUCCUGUGGAAUCUCGCCUCCAUCGCACCGUCAGGUCCUAUUGUUUCGACGCGAUUCAUCUCGCCACGCCUCUUCGUUAGUUUGCCGACUUGUUCGCUUUUUUUUUUUUUUACCUUUUCUGGAUCAUUUCUCGAUGCAGGACAAGCAGCUGAAUACACAAAGGCGAAAAGGAGCAUUGGCAGUCUUUCCGGCUCUCGCAGGACGUCCCGUCGUUGAACCGAAACACACUACAGUCCCUCUUUUUACUGUUGGCGAUAAUGAGCAGCGGCCUGAUGUUUCUACAUGAGGCUUGAAGGGGGGAAAAAGAAAAAAAACAAACAAACAAAAAAAAAUAAUGCUAUUUAUCACUCUGUUGCUACUACUUUUCCUACACACUGCAUACACACUGAAUGUAUUGACAGAUGAGUGAAAUGACUGGAGCAUUUCUAUUAUCUCUCCAGUGCAUGGGAAGGAAGUCGCAGUUAAGAAGUUUAACAAAAUUAGUUUAUUUUUUUUUGUUGUUGUUGUUAAAAAGGAGAAGAAAAAAAAACUGACCAAAAACUGAGUUCAGUUCAGAUUAGGAAGGGUCUCCUGGACUUUGUGACCACAACAACAAUCAGACGACGCCACCCUGGAAGGACAGUAUGCUCUGGAGAGUCACCGCCUCUAAAAACCGCUCUGUCCAAUGCCUUAACCUCCAUCCACCAAACCCGACUGACCGCCGCUUUGGAUAGCAAGUUAACAGCAUGGUCGUGAGAUUUAAAAAAAAACAAACUUUUUAUGUUUGGUUUGUGGGUGUGUGUGUGUGUGUGUGGGGGUGUGUGUGUGUGUGUGUGAUUUCCAAAUGAUUAAACCCAAAGCAAGAGACUGUUUCGCAGCCAUUAAAGGCCGGCCACGGCUUUUCUCUUCUUACCACGGAAAUGUAUUUCCCACCGAAAAGGAAAAAAACAAACAAACAAAAACAAAGCCAAAACUGAAGGCGCUCCCCUCCCACCAACGCCACCACCGCCCCUGUGCUGCAAAGAGAUGUUUCGACGUCGGGGCCGCCGCUUGAACCGCGGCUCCUCUCCACCGCGGCUGAGACGGACAGAAGCUCGGCGGCGGAGGAAAUGCCUUGAAACAAAAUCUCACCUUGCCUAUCAUAACAGGAAAAAAAAAAAAAAAAACAGAAUUUCAUUUGUUUUCAUUCUAUGCUAAUGUGAAUUCUGUCUAAUGCAAUUAUAUUUUUUGUUGUUUUCAUUCCAGUUAGCCAUGGUUUUUAUAGGGAAAGUGAUGGGGGGGCACGGGGGCAAACAAAACAAAGCUUGAUUAUUACUGCACUACAUUUGUUUGACCCCAGGCUUUCCCAGAGGAGACCCUGCCUUCUUAAAAAACAAAACAAACAAAAAAAAAAAUCCACUUUGAACGUGCUUAUUACUUUAAUUGUAGCUGCCUGGUGUGCUGGUUGGGGAGGCGCAUCCUUAGUUUUGGUGCCACGGCCACCCUCCACUCAGCCCUCCGUUCCCUCCGCACACAGACAUGUCAGUGUAAGAUGAAGCGACACUCGGUGGAGUGUCCGCUUCAGCGUUUCGUGGACCUGCUCCACUAGAAUGUUGUAGAUGAGUCCGUAUGUAAACCUGCUUCCUAGUUGUAUUUACACUGUACAGCCUGGUUUUUUUUUUUGUUUUGUUUUUUUUUAAGCUCCGCUCCUUUCAACCCGGCGCGCGACUUUCUCCGGGGAGCCUAAGUUAUUGUGUUAUCGAAAGUACUUGAAUAUGUAAAUCUAUAGGAACACUUUUAUUUGUUUGUUUUUCUUUUCUUUAUUUCCUCUUCUUUUUUAUUUUUUGCUUCCUUUGUUCCCUGUAACUCCACGUAAAGGAUUUAAUGGGGAAACGAUGGGAGAAGAAGCUAUUUGAAUGACCGAUUAUUCAUUUAUUCGAUCUGAGGUCAGGUCGUCCGCGGCAGCUGGAUCCGUGUCGCUCCAGCUUCCUGUGCUAAAAAGAGUUCCGUUUAUCCGAGAUGGAGUAAUCCAGAUUAUUUAGCCUUCUCCACUCCCAGCCCUGGAUUCCCCCGCCGAGUGCCAUUUCCGAGACUACUACUACUACUAUUACUUCUACUAGCCCAUGCCUUUUCCUGUGCCAGGAAAAUAUCAAGAUGAAUGUUUUCCUUUUUCACUCCACCCCGUGUCCCCUAUCGUUUCUUUUUUUUCUUCCUUCUGCAGGCAGCUCGGUGCCAUACCAGGCGGCGUUUUUAACGACUCGUCCCGUCUUAAAAGUCCAAAAAGGAAGGGGGCCAAACCCACCGCCUUGUGGACCCACGCUUACAUUUCCCUGCUGAGUUUGUGACGCAGCAUCUAGUUCUAUAGCUUCUGGCUGAGCUGGUAUAUAUAGCUAUAUUACUCUGGAUUUGUCUUAAAGCGCCACACUCAUUGUGAGCUGUAUCUGCUGCAUGGCGAGCUGUCUCUUUAUCUUAAUGUUGGAUCCGCGAGACGAUGCAGCUUCCGCUCCUCGCGACCUUUUGUGUCUUUUAUUUCCCCUUUUUUUUUCCUUUUUUUUUUUUUUUUGCUACACAUUCCAGUUCUUUUCCGACUGUUCAUGUCAGUCACGGUUUAUGGCUUUCGUGUGUAUUUGUGUACGUGUGUAAAUCAAAUCAAAGCAAAUGAGCGCAUGAAUGAUCUUUUUUUUGGGGGUGGGGGGGGGUUCUCUGGCACUUUCCUCCCCCCCCCCCCCGCCCCUCGUUGCUGUACUGUAGGGUUGUUUGAUUUACUGUACCUUGUUUUUUUUAGGGAGAGGUGAUAUGUACUGCAAUAUUGUGCUGAUUAUUUGAACUGUAAAUUGUACAGAGCCUCACAAUUGUAGUCUUUGUUGGGGAAUUUCAAUUUAAAAAAUGAUUUCUGAUUUCUUUUUCUCAGACUGUGGAAAAUCAAAUUGUACAGCUCCAAGAAUCUAUCUUUCCCUCUGCGUUUUUUUUUCUGUUUUUUUUUUUUAGAGCUGUGAUUAAGAAAAAUCCUUAAUCUGUAAAUAAAUAAUAUUGUGUUGAAAUAUGAAUGUCACUUCAAAAAAAUGUAUUUGAAUGAGUUAGUCAAGGGCUUCAAGUUUGAAGGACCCACCAUUUCUUUUUAAUGAUUUCAUAUAUUUAAGUUGCAGAAAGGUAAAUGGCCUUUUUAUCUGAGAUGACUGUUUUUUUUUCCUUUGUUUUUCUCGGAUUCAUAUGAAAUGGUGUCUCACACAUGAACCUCCUAAAAAUCACUUUUUUAUUCCCUCCACACCUAAAGGGAAUCUCCAAUUUGCACCCUUUUUAUGUAAAAUAAAAGAUCUGUCCACCUUUUU